UUUGAAAUAUGGGUUUUGCUUUUCCCUUUCGCAGUUUUCACCAUUUUUAACACUAUCCCACACUCCACUUCUCUCAGGCGCAGUUUGAAUUUGAAGGUAGAAAACAGACAAAGAUAAAGAUCAAGGUGGGUGCAAAAAGGAUGGAAUCUGUGAUGUAAUCAUUCACCUCCUCCUUCAUUCUCAACACCACCUUUGAUUUUAUCCUAUUCCGCCUCCCAUUUUCGUUUAAAGUUUCAGUCUUUUGCCAUUUGGGGCUCCAAGAUUCCUCUAGAAACUGCUGAGAAAUUGGUGGCCUGGCCUCCUUCAAUGAUGUGACUUUCUUCACCUUUUAUUGGGGAAAUGCAGUUUGCUUUUCCAUUCUCUCUCUCUCCUCUCCAUACUGCUUAGCCCUUGGAAUCUUGUGUUUGAGACAUGGUAGGAACUCAUGCUUAUCUAAGACUCUUUAUUUCAUGAGAGGUUUUGCUUUCAUAUUUUAGCUAUCUUUCCAUGGAGAAGAAAAGACAAGAACUUGGUGCAAGCAAGGCACUGAAGAUGGUUGUGUUUGUAGCUUUUUGUCUCAACAUAGUUUCUGCUGAAUGCGCAGAUAGGCUGAGCAAGAACUUCUCCGGCGAGCCUCCGCCGCCGCCCAGCCUCAAGAGUAGGCUUAGAAGGAUUUUCCUGAGCAUAGCAUUAGGGAGUGUGACAGGAUUGAUUGGUGCCCUUCUCUUAGCUUUGCUGUUUAGGCACUUUGUGAAAUAUGUGAAUAGAGCUCCAAUUCUCAAAGGCCCUCUGCUGUUUUCACCUAGAAUAUCUGUUAGGACACUUAGAUCAGCCCUCUCGAACAGCUCGGAGCUUCUGAGCUCGAGCCCGACUGGAAGAUACUACAAGGCCGUGAUGGACAACGGCCUUGUAGUAGCAGUCAAGAGGCUAGAGCCCAACUGUGGGGCCGGGGCUAGGGGCAAGGCCUUGAGGAAAAAGAUACACAAGGAGCUCGAGGUUCUUGCUAGCUUGAGGCAUAGGAAUUUGAUGAGUUUGAGGUCUUAUGUGUGGGAAUCUAGUGGAUACUCAUUAGUGUACGAUUUUGCCCCGGCUGGGAGUCUUGAAGAUGCAAUGAGGAGAGUGAGGGAGAAUCAGUUGGAGCUCAAGUGGGAGUCUCGGCUUCGAAUGGGUGUAGGUAUAGUGAAAGGGUUGUAUUAUCUUCAUUUCACUUGUGAUCCCAGAAGGUUGCAUUACAACUUGAAGCCUUCGAAUGUCAUGUUGAACUCACAGUUCGACCCUAGGCUGGCCGAUUUCGGAUUGGCUGCCGUCCUUCCUGAUUUCAGACGAGCAGCAUCGGGUUACAAUGCACCCGAGUGUUUCCAGAACUGUAGGUAUACAGAUAAAAGUGAUGUCUUCAGCUUUGGGGUCAUAUUAGGUGUUCUAUUAACCGGGAAGGACCCGCUGGACCCGUUCUUUGGCGAAGCAGCGAGCGGGGGGAGCUUAGGGCAGUGGCUCCGGCAGUUGCAGCAAGCCGGUGAGGGGCGGGAGGCUUUAGACAAGAGCAUUCUAGGAGAAGAAGUGGAAGAGGAGGAGAUGCUGAUGGCUGUUAGAAUUGCGGUUGUGUGCCUAUCAGACUUGCCCGCUGAUCGCCCCUCAACGGAUGAGCUCGUCUCCAUGCUGACUCAGCUGAACAGUUUCUGAAGCACACGUCGAGAGAAGAAGCUUUUGGUUGUUCCCACGGCUUCCACUGUACGAGAGCGUGCAUAGGUUUGCCGUGGGAGCAACCGCUGAGCUCCACCUUCUUCCGGGUCGUUUUCGAGCUCGGAUUUGACAGCUGCGUUGGUGUGUUUCAUGCUUGAGGGAGAUUGGUGUAGUGAAGAAAUUGAUGUGAUGGAGUAGGGAGGCAUUUGCUCAUGGUGGUGGGGAUGAUUUUGUUUGCUCGGUUUUUUCUUGGAAGAGGCCAUUUCACAUUUUCACCGCUUUUUAACACAUGUUAAUGUUAAUUGUCUACUUCUUUUUGGAAAAUUACAGUUCACAUACAAAUUACUCCAUGUGCUUAAAAAAUAUAGUUUAUGAUAUUUUUAUGAUAUGCGUA